AGCAACAGGAGGUCAAACAGCAUAGGAGUAGGCAGAAGAAUAGUCAGGGACGAGCCAGGAGUCAGUGCAGGAGAUGGCCAACAGGAAUCAGGAUCAGGCAGGGUCGGCAACAAGGAAACUAGGAACAAGAUACAGGGGCUCAUGGGAAAACACCAAGGAGCUGAUUGCAGGCCUGGUCCUGCUUAAAUACACCUCCUGCAAUCAGCCUCAGGUGAUGGCUUGAUUGCAGGAAUGAGAUCCUGGCUGCUGAAAGCACCCGCUGGCAAGCACCGGUACUGCAGCCCACAUGGCAGGUGAGCCCCAGCAUCACCAGCAGUGAGUCCAUUCCUGACA